AUGUAUUACAGAACAGUUAUGGUACUGAGAAAGAAACGCAGCAAGUUGUGGAAUUAUUUCGAGGAAUUGAAACCUACACUGAGACAUGGAAUAUUUCUCGAUAAUGACACUCUCACAUUUCCUGACGAUUUAAAACAGUAUUACUCGGAGUUACCGGGAUAUAAGGCAAAAUGUAAUAAUUGUGGCAAAACAUUAUCCUUCUUAGGAAGUUCGACAAAUUUACGAGGACAUUUAAGAAGACAUUCCAUAAGAAUCCAGAGUCGAGAUAAAACAGUUAUGGUACUGAGAAAGAAACGCAGCAAGUUGUGGAAUUAUUUCGAGGAAUUAAAACCUACACUGGUAAAGUGCAGGACCUGUAAAAAAGAAAUUAAGAUAUCUCGUCCAUCAAACAGUACAGCAAUAUUCAGAGCACAUUUAAAGAGACAUGGAAUAUUUCUCGAUAAUGACAUUCUCACAUUUUCUGACGACUUAAAACAGUAUUACUCGGAGUUACCGGGAUAUAAGGUAAAAUGUAAUAAUUGUGGCAAAACAUUAUCCUUCUUAGGAAAUACGACAUAUUUACGAGAACAUUUAACAAGACAUUCCAUAAGAAUUCAGAGUCGAAAUGAGACGACACCGACAAAGAAACGCAGCAAGUGGUGGAAUUAUUUCGAGGAUUUAAAACCUUCGUUGGUAAAGUGCACGACCUGUAAAAAAGAAAUUAAGAUAUCUUAUCCAUCAAGCCGUACAACAAUAUUCAGAGCACAUUUAAAGAGACAUGGAAUAUUUCUCGAUAAUGACACUUACACACUACUUGACGAAUUAAAGCAAUGUUACUCGGAAUUACCGGGAUAUGAGGCAAAAUGUAAUAAUUACGGCGAAACAAUAGGCUUCUUAAAAAGUGUUGGAAAUUUACGACAACAUUUAAAAAUACAUUCCACGAGAAUCCACAGUCGAGAUGAACCAAGCACUUCAAGUUUAGCGGAUGAUAGUAUGGGUCCUCCUGCACGCCGUCAAGGUCAAGAUACAUCUGGUUUGCUCGUUCAAUCAUUUAUUAAAGAAACGACAGAAAAAACAGGCGCACUUAAUGAACUAAGCACUUCAAGUUCACCGGGUAACGAUAUAGAUCCCAAUGCAAAACGUCAAGGUCAGGAAACAAUUGAUUUGGCUCUUCAAUCAUGUGAACAAUCGAGAAAAGAAACAAGGACACGUGAUGGACCAAGCACCUUAAAUUCAAUGGCUUAUAUUACGGAUCUUUCUACAGAAAAAUAUAUUCCUUUGCGUCAAAGUCAAGAACAAGUACCAUCUGGUUUGCCCGUUCAAUCAUUUGAACAAAUGCCAGAAGGAACAAGCGCACUUCAUUCGGAUAGGUUUUAUUGUACAAUGUAA